UUGUUGGUGUUAAUGUUGUUCUGUCAGAAGAAAAAGGCAUCGUAUCUUGUGGGGCGCGAGGUUUUGUCCCCAAUGGGAGUCUCGAAAAUGUACAGAAAAUUCGCUAUCUAUUGCCAAUCCGAGGUCCGUCAGGCGCUCGAAAUCUUCACAGAUCCGUCCAACUACCCAAUUCACAUCCACUGCACGCAGGGCAAGGAUCGUACAGGUAUCAUGGCCUGUUUAUUGGAGCAUAUCGCAGGCGUCCCUAAGGAUAUUAUUAUUGACGAUUAUGCAAAGACUCAGCAAGGGCUUGAACCUGUCAGAGACAUGAUGUUGUCAGAAAUCCGUAAAGCUGGACUAACGGAAGACUUUGCAAAUGCACCACCAAAGGCAAAGUAUCUGAAUGGCAAGUAUGGAUCUGUUGACGGAUACUUGGAUGCCAUUGGUUUUGGUAAACAAUCUAGAGAUAAAGUACGCAAGAUAAUUGCAGUCUAA